CGCCCACAGCAAAAGUGACGUUAGUAUGUGAAAUGCGGCGUCGUUGGGAACGUCCUUCUGCAGCGCGAGUGUUGGGCAGCAGCAACCAGGAUGAGAAGCCCAAGGCCUGACUCUGGAUCAGUUCUGAGUCAGCUUUAAUCACUGGAGAAGGCAAAGCUAGAUCCAGACUGACCUGCAGUCUGUGUGACGUCCCAAGGACGGAGCUGUGGCUGACCCUGGAUUGAGGGGUGGGACUGUGGAUGUGAAACUUGUGUGUAGAGAGGUGGGAGAGGUGGAGCUGAGAUGUCCGUCAGAAGUGCAGAGGGCAUGUCCAUCAUGCAGGCCUUAGCUAUGACCGUGGCUGAGAUACCCGUCUUCCUCUACUCCACCUUCGGUCAGUCUAUAUUCUCUCAACUGCGGUUGAGCCCGAGCCUGAAGAAGGUGCUGUUUGCAACAGCUCUGGGUAGUGUGGCCUUAGCACUGACGGCACACCACCUGAAGCGGCGGGGCAGGAAGAGGAAGCAGGCGGCGGAGAAGACGGCGGUGAAAACAGUGGGCAUCCCUGAACAGUUUCUCCGCUCCAGCAGACCAGCAUCACUUAAGAGAGGUCCCUUUCCGGGGCGUCAGAUGAUGAGCCCCAGCACUCGCAGCAAUGACACGAUGAGUGGUAUCUCCUCACUUGCUGCCAGCAAGCACUCCAGUUCCUCACACAGCAUUGCUUCAGCUCGAGUCCCAUCAUCUCCCAAUCAACCAACCACUGCAGCCACACCAUGGGAGGCAGAGCCAGUGGCAGAGGAACCUGGAGCAUUAGAAGACGCAAACGCAGAAAACCUGUACCUCAUGGGUAUGGAGCUGUUUGAAGAGGCGCUGCACAGAUGGGAGCAAGCCCUAAACAUCAGACACAGAGGCCACACUGAUGCCUCUGCAAGCAACAGCCUCGCCCUGCAGGGGGCAGUGCUCACGCCAGACUCUCGGAAUCGGAAGUUUGCGGAGAAGUUGGAGUCUCUCCUGCACCGUGCAUAUAAUCUCCAGGAGGACUUCGGAAGCACUAUACCACCUGACAGCCUGCUUGCUGACCUGGAGAGUGAAGGCACACUGAUUUUGCCCACAGUGGACAGCUCCCAUCGGAUACAGGACGACGACGCCACUACUAUCACAUCCGACGAUUCCUUCUUCUCUGCCGCUGAGCUGUUUGAUGCUCUCUCUCUGGAUGAGGUGUAUCAGACAUUGAAGCCUGCAGCUCUGUAUGAAGAGGCUUUGAAUUUAGUGAAAGAAGGAAAAGUAAACUGCAGAUCAUUCAGGACUGAGUUGCUGGAGUGUUACAGCGAUCAAGACUUCCUGGCCAAGUUGCACUGUGUCCGACAGGCUUUCCACGUGUUGCUGUUGGAUGACACUCACAGGAACUUCUUCAUGGAGACAGGCAAGCAGAUGAUCACUGGGCUCAUGAUCAAAGCCAACAAGAGUCCAAAGGCGUUUUUGGAGAGUUAUCAGGAGAUGCUGUUAUACAGCCAGAGAGAGGAGACCUGGCCCACCACCAAAAUGGAGCUGGAUGGACGAGGGGUGGUUUGCAUGAACUUCUUUGAUAUCGUGCUGGACUUCAUUCUUAUGGACGCGUUUGAAGACCUGGAGAACCCACCCACCUCUGUAGUUGCCGUGUUACGGAACAGAUGGCUGUCUGACAGUUUUAAAGAAACGGCUUUAGCAACAGCAUGUUGGUCAGUGCUGAAAGCUAAAAGGAGGCUACUGAUGGUUCCAGACGGAUUUAUUUCUCACUUCUAUGCCAUCUCAGAACAUGUGAGCCCAGUUCUGGCGUUUGGUUUCCUGGGACCCAGGCAGCAUCUGAGUGAAGUGUGCACCAUUUUCAAGCAACAGAUAGUGCAGUACCUAAAGGACAUGUUUGACCAUGACAAGGUUCGGUUCACCUCCGCGCAGUCGCUGGCUGAGGACAUCCUGAGCCUUUCCCACAGGCGCACGGACAUCCUGCUGGGCUACCUGGGUAUAGACAGUCUCCCUGAAGCAAAUGGGACGCUGCCCAUUAGCCAGUGCCAAGGAGAUUCUGAGCAUCCAUUGGUUAGUGACCAGCAGGACUGACGCACUGUUGGAGUUGGUCUGGAGUGUCCUUGAACAAUAAGAAAAAACAGAAUUUAAGGUCAGGCUGGCUUGGAGUUUGGGAGUUCUGUUGCAGCUUGAUUGAAGAAUCCCAGAAUAAAUUCAGUCAGAAUGAAGGAAUCGUAAACUUGAAUUCUCCAACUCCCAAAGUUUGGUCUUAAGGCACAUGGAUGGUAGGCAAAAAAAUGGGCCAAUUCCACCCAGAAAUGGCAUCUGCUAUUAGCAGAUAAUUGCAUUUAGCAAGUUAAAGGCCACACAAUCCUGGAUCUGGGCUUCUGUCGCAAACCACAGGAUCUCCAACCCUGCUCUUUAGAACCACUUCCAUUGAGAUUUACAGUAUCCAGUCUGGCUUUCGAGACGGGCUGGAGAACUCUGCUGCUUUUGGGAGCUGAUUUCUUCUUAGAAGCUGUCCGGACAGGUUCAGGAGCUAAAGGGAAUGGUGAGGAUUUAUGUAGAUCCCGAAAUAACGCUAAGGCGAGACCGUAGCCCAGUUUCGCGUCGACUGCUCAGCCCUAUUUCUUUUUCUCUUUUUUCUGUCUCCUGCAUGCUUGAUACUCCCACUCACAUUCAAGCACACCAAUAGAUCUGACACGAUCAUGUCUCUUGUUAAGAGGCUUCCACACUUCUGCAGCCUUGGGGUAUUUGCAUAUCAGUUGUGCAUAUCGUUGCUUGAUGUGUAAAAAGUCAAUGUGUGUGUGUGAACUGGUGUGAUGUGUUCUCCUAAAAGGCAGGACUAGACUGCAGGGCUGGCCAGUUGUUGUUGUCCAUGGAGAGGUAAUGAUAUUUGAAUAUGCAGCAGGUCAGCAGGGCUUUUGCAUAGUCAUUCUAAUUAACAUGAGGCCAGAAAAAGAUUAAGAUUAGCUAACAUGUAUGGAACUCCACCAAUACUUGGUCAAAAUUACUGCGUAAAUGUAGUGGUUGCAGUUUCAUUCACACUGGGAUUUGUUGACAUGUAGAAAUUAUUAUUAUAGUGGUGCUAAUAAAAACCAAGGUUUGCCAUAACUACUACAACACACAAUUAUUUUUUACCAAACUCACCAGUGAACCAACACAUGCCUUCUGUUUAAUGGUGUUUUUACACUGACUAAAUCAGACUGGUAUGUUUUUAGAAAUUGCUCUUGGGUGGGUUCCAAAUCAAUCAUUACCACAGCUAUAAACAAAUGCCAUCUUGCUGUUGCUUCAUUUUAAAUAGAAAUAGUUAAAUAUGCACAAUUUCUGUUGUGUCUAUUUUUUAUAUAUAUAUUUUUUUUACUUUAUUGCUUUAUCCCAGACAGGUUUGACCAAUAUGUCAAACGAAUGCUUACGUCGUUUGUUUUGAUGCAUUUUUGUGCACUUACAUUUUUUUUUUCUUUUUGUUAAGUUCAAUGAGAAUUGGAAUGAAGAUGGCCUUGCAGGAUACAUCUGUUAUAUAUCUUUAUGUUUAUAUGUUUUAUUACAUUUAUUUUUUUUGUAAAUUGUUAUCCUAUUUCCUUCUCAAUUUACAAGGCCAAUUACCCAACCCACUCGUUAGGACUCCCCCAUCACUAGUAAUGACCCAACACCAGGAGGGUAAAGACUAGCAUGUGAAGCAUUGCUGAUGCAGCAUUGCCGAGUAGUUAGCGCGCUUGGAGAAAAGUGCAGUUCUGAUACAUCAGUUCACAGAUGCCUUGUGCUGAGUGACAUCGCCCUAGGAGUGAUGUGGAGAGAGAGCAGAGCCAAUUGUGCUCUCAUGGGACUCCGGCAACUGAUGGCAAUAGUAGUAAUAGUGGCAGUGCCUUAUUCCACUGGACCACUCAAGCCCUGAUUUUUUUUAUUUUUUAUUUUUUUGCCAACAGAGCUGUGUACAUUUUUCCCCAUAGGCCAUGGAUAUCCUCAGAAUUAUGAGAUUGGUAGUGAGUUAAUGUGCAAAUGUUGCUAGCUACAUGCUAUCCUAACAAUGCUGCUAAUAUAUCUAUCUAGCGAGAUAAGAGCAGCAUCCUCAACAAAAUAACCCAAAAACACCAGCAAGCUUUGUCAAAUGAGGUGUUUAAGUGUCUCUGGCAGCAGCACAGUUUGAGUUAAGUUUGAGUUUUUUAUUUAUGUAUCUUUUAUUCUUUCAUUUGUGCACGGGAGUGUUAGCAUGCUAGCCUGCUUUUUUGAGGACGUAGCAUAGCUUCUCUGUUGACAUGCUUACGCCAUUGUUCAGAGAAUUAUGUAAGCACGUUUUCGCCACUUGGAAAAGAUUAAGGGUACUUUACUUAAGUCAUUAUUAUGAAAUGGUAGGUCAUAAUUACAAGAUGGUAGAUCAGAGUUACGAGAAGGUAAGUCAGAAUUAUGAGAUGGUAAGUCAUUCUUUCGAGAUACUAAUUUUAAUUGUGAAAUGAUACCCCCAGAUUUAUGACCUAGUAGAGGAAAACAGUUGAUCUGAAACACCAUAGCAAUCACCAGGGAUACCUUAGCAACUGCCUUGUCGUCACUAAACAUAACUGUAACACUCAUAUACAAUAGCAAUCAUCCUGCUUUAGUGUCAUUUCUAUUCAACAAGCACUUAGCAACUUCAUUGCAACUAACUAGGAUAUCAUAUCAUAUACAUUUAGCAACUGCAAAGCAACCACAAUCAACACAAUAGUAACCACCUGAGAUAGAGUAGGAAAGAAGGAUGGAAAUUAUUUAGAAAUGCAUUUAUCUAGGUAAUACUCUGCCUGAUACCUGAGUAAUUCUAUUGUACAAUCAUUCUGCCUUCUGUCUUAUAAAAAUAAAUAUACCAGUAUAAACAUUCCAUAAAAAAGUCAGUAGGCACGUGUAAUUCACUGGUGGGUUUGGAUACUAAAAUGUGUUGUUGUUAUUGGCACUUGUGUUUAAUUCACCACCAUUGUAAAGACCUUAGGAAAACAGGCAACACUGUCUAAUUGUUGCUUUCAAUUAAUUUGUACGUUUAUGAGUUUGGGCCUUGUGUUCUGAAUUUAACGUUUCCGAAUCGAGCCUGAGUACUGUGUCCUUUUGGACGGCCUUCAUUUUUUUGCCGUAUUUGCACUUAUUGUGAAAAGUAGGAGACAAAGAAAAUAAGUUAUUUUAAUCUAUUUUUAUGGAAGUUCAGAGCAGGUAAAUAGCAUCUAAGGCAGCGUUUGUGUUUUUGCAAAAAUAAAAAUUGUAUUUUAAGGGAAAAUGUAAAGGGCCACACUCUUUAAGUCAAAUAGAUUUGCAGUUUAUUUAAUAUAAAAUAUCUAAAAUGUACAUGUUAAAUAGUCAAAGCCAGGGGAAAUAUAUUGGCUUAGUCCUGUCUUUUGUGCCCGUGGUGUCUGUUAUCGUUUAAAGCUGCAGUCAUUGUCUUUUUGUAGAGCUGGACUGAACAGUGUUGGUAGUUUUAGUUAAAAUGGACUGUUGUAUCAAAUCUGUUCAGGUUCAGCAGACCAGAGAUAUCAUUAAUCGUCACAUUGACAAACAUCUGUAAAUGCAGUAGCCUUCAUGAUCAAGUGAUUUAUUUCUAAAGUUUGCACCAUUGCAAAAACAAUUCACUAUAUUGUGAAUUUCUGUGUUACUGCGUGACUCUAAAAAUUAAAGUAAGAAGAAGGGUUAUUUACACAAAGCCAUAAACAAACCACUUUUGGUUCCCUGAAGCAGUGGCUGUCAAUCAUUGUUUUACAGUUGGGGUUCCCUUCCAUGAGCAACCCACUGAUAUAUUAGGGAUUGCAUUACAGAAAACCUAGCAACUACUGUAGGAGCUGCUUAUUGGCACAAAUCAGACACUGCUAGUUUCCUGAUUUCAUGUUAAAAGUUAUUAUAAAACUUAAAAAAAGGACCCACUUUGAGUACCUUGGCUCUAAAUAAUCAUUCAAGGUAUAGUUAGUCUAUUUGGAGAACCACUUUUUUUAACUGAGAUGAGAAUGUUUAACAAACCUUUUUAAAAUUUAAACAACAUGCUUAUAAUUUUAAUAACAAGUCAGUCCUACAGAGAACCAAAAAAAUCAUAUGGCUCUAUGGGUAACUAAAGGUUUAAAGAACCUCCAUUUAAUUUUCGAGAAGGAAACACUCUAUCUGUGUAGAAUCUUCACAUUUUGUGAAAGUUUUUAAACAUUUUAAUGGCUCUUUUAUCACACAUCUCUGUUUGUGUUCUUUUGGGAGCCAAAAGAUCUUUACAUGAUAUUUAUUUUCUUCAUAUAAUAAUAUAAAGGGUUGAAGAAUUUCUACAAGGCUCUUUAAGGACCCGUGUGCAAGGGAUUUGUUUCAAACAAAUAACUAUGUACACCGCUACUAACAAAUUAAAGCACAUAUUUUAUUUGACUCUAUGUCAAGGUUCCCUAACAAGACAGAUCCUAUUUACAUACAUUUUGUAAGGAACUGAAAGUGAUUUGGUUAUGGCAGCAUAUUUUUGUGACAAAUUGUGGAAGUGUUUUUUUAUGUAUUUAUUUAUUUGUUUUUGGAAUGCCCCCUUCCCCACUAUCAUUUCUAACACCAUUUAGCAUAGUGCAUAGCCACUAGUGUGGUCAGUUUGCAAGCAUGUGUAAUUUAAUGAAAGUGAUACCACUGACACCAGCUAGGUUCAGAUCACCCAAUAUAUGAUUGAUUUCUGAUGUGUGCAUUUUCAGUUAACAUUGUUCAGUUAACCAACACUGGACUCGUAUCAGUCUUAUCUUAGUAGACAAACACUUAAACACCUUAAUUAUUUACUACAAAAUUUAGUUAAAAUGUCACAUAAAUAAUUUUAGGAUUUAGUAAAACAGUAUGGAUCAACUGUACUUAAUUUAGAAUAAUAAUUUGGAAUAAACUGGACACCAUUUUCUGUGUCCUAACCCCAUAUCAGUUGGUCUAAGAUGUGGAAACAUACAGAGAGGCAUUUUUGGCCUGUAUUGAAGAUUAGACUAGUGACAGUCUAAGUGUGUUAUUUCUUAGCAAUGUUAGCUUAGUUAUCCUUCUGUAAUUGUAAAGAUGCAGAGUUAUCAAACAUCACUUGACUGAUUGACAUUUUUCCUAACAAACUGUUCCUUAAUUUGGGAAAGCUGUUCCUAAAUGACUGAAAGAAUAUCAUUCCAAUGUUUAUAAUCAUUUACUGGUAAUCAUGAAUGUGUGUUAUACUGUACUUAAGGCUGGGUAUCUGUGAGCCAAUAAGCUUGCUUGUAGGGGUGGAUAUGACAAACACAAUGCCCUGUUUAAAACCUGGUCACUUCAUGCAUCUCAAGUAUCAGGAUUUGGACUACCAAGUGUAAAAACGUGGGCAAAAUCUCAAGAUACAAUUCUGAUACUAUUCACAUGAAGUGACCAGGUGUCAUUAUAUAUGGAUGAUGCACAAAAAAACACAUAAGUAGAUCUUAACAAUAUUCAUAAUAAGGCUUAUACCGAUGACUGGCCCUGUUUAAACCUGGUCACUUUCUACAUCUAGAGUAUCAGGAUUAUGUCUGGAUAAAAUCAAACCAUAUAAGUGUAAAUGCACCUGAGACCCAUCUCUCCGCAGUGCAUUUGUCAAUUGAAACACCAGUAAUAAUUGCAGCACAAACAAGCAAAUUUGCAUAUUCCAUCCAACACAAUCGGAUAAACAGAUUUUAGUCUGACUAACCUAAGAUGCAUUUGGCUACCAAGUAUAAAUUUAGAUGUAUUUUACAUGAAGUGACCAGGUGUAAGGGUCAUUAUGAAUGGACAAUACACAAAAAAAUGCACCCUAGAAUGUAAUAAUAUAUAAUAAAGCGUGUAGUUUAUCACAAUACCUGUAGUAAAACAUGGCUACAUUUUCUAAAUCUAUAUGCUCGAUGCUUAGACAGGUGAAAGCAUACACAGUGUAUCAUACUGUAUUGCUGUAUCAUGGCUUCCAUGUUAGCUUGUGGCAAGAGUGCUAACUUGAGGUUGACAUAUUAGUUUGUGACUGAACCAUUAGAUUAAGACAAAAGACAAAAUUUGUUUCAAAUAACAUACAUUUAUGAUGUUGAAUGAUUUUUUUUAAAUCAAAUGAUUGAACAUUAGCAUAUUAGCAUUAAGCACCAGCAGUGCAAAUUGUAUUCCAUAUGUGUGUUUAACGUCAUCAGUUCUUGAUUACGACCUUGCCCACCAUCAGCCUGUAUUCUACAAGAAGGUAUUGAAAUGGGAUUCUGCAGUUAAUUCACUGUAUUUUUUGUCAGGUGAACUUAGCAUGAUACCCAGUCCUAGGUCUAGACAGGGUUUUCAUAUAUUCUGAUAAAUUGCUGCUUCUGUAAUACAAGAAUCUGUUCCAGUGAUGGAGAGAUUAUGAAGUCAUGUUGUUCUUUUAUUCUCUGCCUGUACUCAGCAGCGUUCAGUGUCUUGUAUGUCUUGUGAGAGUGCCCGUGAAUGUUGUACCUUAAACAGAUAUGAGGGUGUCGAGCCUGUGAGUGUUAGUUUUUUUCCCCCAAACCUUUGUGGAGUAGCACUACCAUCACCAGGUUUUUAGAGAAAUCUGAGAUUUAUUAUUAGUCAGGUCCCCCAGACAGGGAUUAAGCCAGUAAUAAAAACCUUUAAUCAUCGUAAAAAGGGUUCAUAUAUUUAACUAGGUCACAGAUAUGUUGGACUAGUUGCACACUCAUGAACUGCACUGUUUUUGUCUGUGUAAAGAAAGAAAGUGAGUCUGUGUGACUGAAUAAGUAGACUUGAGUCUAGCUUGUUUAAAAAAUGUAAAAAAAAAAACAUGUCCGGUUCAUAGGCAUGGCCAAAGUGGAGGAACAAAGGGUGACUUUUAAGCUUUAAGUAUAAAGUAUUAAUUAUGAUUUUUUUUGUGUUUUUUUUUUUCUUUUCUUAGUUUCAUAUGCCUUUAGUGUCUUUUUGUUGCUGAUAAACGAUAAAUGUCACACAAACUGUUGCUUUUAAUAUUUUGUAUUUUGCUUUCUUAUAAAAACCUAUGUAUAUACGAUGCCUUUUCCCCCCAGCCAAACAUAAAUGACCUUAAUUUUUGA